AUAAUAAUAAAUUAUGUCAAAGAAGUUUUCAAAGCACAUAAUGUACGUUUCCCGCAACAAUAUCUAGUACUGUAACCCUAGUUCAAGAACGGGGAGAAGUGUCUUAUUGCGAAGAAGCAUACUGGUUCUUAAGUGUGGUGAUGGUGGUGUAUUUUAACAACAGGUUACAACGUUAUUAUAAUGACUACAGGGAGUAGGGAAAUUCCAGCAAGACUUAAUCUUAUACAGUGCUCUUGAUCAUCGAUUGACAUUAUCGAUAUCGGUAAAGUUUUCAAAAAUUAUUACAAGGGGAUGGCACUGCGUCAGCUUUUAAAGAAUGUUAUGUGGUCUUCAGUAGAAAAAGAGAUCAUUCGGCCAUAUAUACACACGGCGGCACAGGAAUAUAACGCACCGCAUUCAUCUUAUAGAUGGAUCGCGGCCCCUGCCCUACCCUCCCAUUGCUGGGAGACCCUGCACUUUAGUCUGGGCAACAGAACCUAUCAUAAAAACAGAAGAAAGUGAAGUAACAAUCAUCCCCUCACUCGCUCUUCCGCAGCACCAGUACACA